AUGGCGGCGGCAGCGCUGCUGCUGCUGCUGUCGCUGGCGGCGGCAGCAGCCACAAGCAACACAUCGAACAACAUGGAGAAGGAGAGGAGCGAGGAGGAGACGCGCCGGAUCUUCCUGCACUGGACAGCGGAGCACGGCAAGACCUACGCCUCCGCCGCGGAGGAGGAGGACGGGUACGCCAUGUUCAAGCACCGCCUCCGCCUCAUCGACCGGCAGUGGCACGACAAGGGGUACUCCGCCUGGUCCUGGGACAGGGAGAGGAGCGAGGAGGUGACCCGGCGGAUCUUCGUGGAGUGGAAGGCCCUGCACGACAAGAUCUACAGCUCUAUCGCCCCCCACGAGGAGCACCGCUACGCCAUGUUCCAGGACGCCCUCCGCUCCGUCGACCGACAUAACGCCGGCUACGCCCUAGGGGUCCAUAGUAGCACCCAAGGCAUCAACCAGUUCAGUGACCUCACCAUGGAGGAGUACAGCGCUGUUUGCUGCGGGUUCUCGCUGGAGAGGCCGUCGCCGGCCGAAUUAGAGAGGGUGCGCGGGGUUCAGGAGCGGUUGCGGCUAGUAUAUGCCCCUCCAUCUCUUUGGUCUUAUUGA